CAAAAGAAGAAAAAUAAGUAGGAAGCCGCUGCGUCUCGUGUUACAUUUCAAAUUUUGGAUCAACCGGGAACGCGGCACUUUAGGAAAGCGACGGUAGUCGACUGGGAACAUAUCUCUGUUGGUGAAGAACACCAGGCACUAGACCCAUACGGAAGCCCAGCACCACUUGUGUGAUUGUUUUGACUUCACUCUUAGAUUCUUUGUCCCACUCAGCUGAGAUGUUUCAGGGGAAGAAUGGCAGUCCUCGUGUGGACGAAGGAGAGGGAGCACACUAAGAAAAUGAGUGAGCUAGAAGAUAUCAGCCAGCAUAUCCAUGACAAGAUAUCAUCCUUACAACUCAUGCUGGAUCUGUCAGCUGUAGAAUUGCCUCAAAGUAAGAUUAAGAAACUCGGACAAGAACUCUUUGCACUCGAGAGGCUUCUGGAGGAGUUUGAAAAAUGUGUUGGCCAGCAGAAAGAGAAACUAAAGUGUCUGAAGGAACUCGAGGAGGUGUUCAGGAACGAUUUGGAGGAUGUCCGGCAUUUAAAGGACAAGAUACCAGCACACAUGCCCAGGAAGAAAGGUUUAGCAAAUGAACCUGUGAUGAACCAGAGUGAAGGAGCAAGUGUUCAGUCAGCCCAACUGGAAAAUGUCAAAAAGAGCACCAAGAGCCUCGUCAGAGAGAUGGAGUACAUCACAAAGCCAGAGUUUGAGAGCAUCCCUCAGUACAUGAAAGGACGUGUCUCAUAUGAUCAGCUGAAUUCUGCCGUGCAGUGUAUUAACACAGCAGUAAAUGCUAAGUACAAGAUCCUCAAUCAGUCAGUGAAAAGUCUCAACAGUCAUGCACGGAAGCUGCACCAGCGCUUUAAGGACCAGGAGACCAAAAAUACUAAAGGUCAGCAUUUUGUCGUGGAGGAUGACAUUCGUGAAUUCACUCAGAUGAAGGUGGACAAGCGAUUUCAGGGGAUUCUGAACAUGCUGAGACACUGCCAGCGCCUACGGGAGGUUCGAGGGGGGGGCCUCACCCGUUACAUGUUGUUGUAAAUAAACAAGAUUCAAUCAGAUGGA